AGGGCGCACCGAAUUAUGAUUAAAAUGAUCAUGGCUGAACUUGAUCAGAACCAUGAAGUUGAACAAGGUCAUGAACAAGAAUAUGAACCUGAACAACUUGUGCAUGAACCUGAAAACGAAAUCGAACCUCAAAACGAAGUCGGACCUGAAAAUGAAGUGGAGCAUGAAAAUGAAGUGGAACAUGAAAAUGAAGCGGAACAUGUAAAUGAAGUGGAACAUGGAAAUGAAGUAGAACAUGGAAAUGAUUUAGAACGUGAAAUUGUAGUAGAACGUGUGCAUGAAAUUGAAAAAGAAACUGAGCCAAAAGAUGUGGUUAUAGAGAACACUCAGCUUGAUGCAAAACAGGACCAUGCAGAUGAAUCAGUUGUUGGAGGUGGUGAAAGAUGGCCUGGUUGGCCUGGAGAGAGUAUUUUCCGGAUGCUGGUACCUGCUCAGAAGGUCGGUACUAUAAUUGGGCGGAAAGGAGAGUAUAUAAAGAAAACAUGUGAAGAGACAAAAGCUCGGAUAAAGAUUCUUGAUGGUCCUCCAGGAACAAGAGAAAGAGCUGUAAUGGUAUCUGCCAAGGAAGAGCCUGAUGCUGCCCUUCCUCCUGCCAUAGAUGGUCUGCUCCGGGUUCUUAGACGUGUUGUGGAUGGACUGGAGAAUGAUUCCUCUGAACAACCAUCAGCCUCGGGAGGAAAGGUCUCAACAAAACUGCUCGUACCAGCCCCUCAAGCAGGAAGUUUGAUUGGGAAACAAGGUGCAACUGUCAAAUCCAUUCAAGAAGAGUCUAAUUGCAUAGUUAGAGUUCUUGGAUCAGAAGACCUACCGAUUUUUGCACUUCAAGAUGAUAGAGUAGUAGAGGUGGUAGGAGAGCCUGCAGGAACACAAAAAGCUAUUGAAUUAAUUGCUUCCCAUCUGAGGAAAUUUUUAGUUGAUCGAAGCAUAAUAUCAAUAAUCGAAAUGCAGAUGCAAUCUCCCAAUCCGCAGAUGGAUCACAUGCCUCCUCCGCAGCACUGGGCUCCGCCUCCCCAAUCUUAUCCUCAACAUGGACAUGGAGGUCCUGGUCCUGGAUAUGGAACCACCCCUCAUUUUAGGCCUCCGCAGCAGUUUGACAAUUAUUAUCCCCCUACUGAAAUGCCACGUCAAACAGAAAAACCACCUCAUCAAGGUAUAUCUGCCUAUGGUAGAGAAGCUCCAGGACAAAUGCAUCCAUCAUCUACUCAGGCAGCUCCAUCUGUAAUCACUCAGGUGACCCAGCAAAUGCAGAUUCCUCUCUCUUAUGCUGAUGCUGUAAUCGGUACACAAGGUGCCAGUAUAAGUUACAUCCGGCGGGUCAGUGGUGCUACCGUCGCCAUUCAAGAAACAAGGGGUCUUCCAGGGGAGAUGACAGUCGAGAUUAGUGGCACUGCUUCUCAAGUCCAAACUGCUCAGCAACUGAUUCAGAAUUUCAUGGCCGAAGCUGCUGGUGCGGCUCAAACGCAACACGCUCCAUCAGCAGAGCAGCACGCGUACAACUCUUAUGGAGGGCAUACCGCCUCGCUAUACGCAUCAAAUGCUGCUUCAAAUCCUCCCAGCCACGGCGGGCAAUCAGGCGGGUACGGCCCAGUUUAUGGCAACAACUACGGCUACUGAGUUGCAGAAGCUCAUAUUUUUACCAUGUUGUAAGAGAAAUUAGGAAAGAUGAGGUGGCAAUAGGGACAGGACCUAACUGUAUUGGCUUCUCAUUAUCUAGCAACUCUUUGACGGCA